AUGUUACCCGUUUCUGCGCCAUCCUACUACACAACAAAUGCGUCCCAUGUCUCCACACGCCUUCUCAACCUCCGUCGCAGGUCCCGUCCCCCUCCAUCCUCUCUCAGCAAUCCCCCUAUCCCCAACGAUGCGAUCAACGACCGACGUCCACUCCUCAUCGAGUAUAGAGGGCUAGCCCAACACCCUACUUACGCUCUCGCCAGUCUAUCCUCCCUCCCCCUCUCCCUCCACGCUCCGCAAUUAAACCCACCGCUCUUCACCAUCACACUUAGGGCCAAGGCUAACCUUCUAUGCGACAUGUGCAAACCUCUUCUGACUCCGUCUCGUCUCGUUCUCCUAAUUUCUCUCUCGUGGCCGGACCUGCGCGGCACAUUUGAUGUGUCUGUACUUUUCGGAGCGGUCCUGAAUUCCCAAUUCCCCUCUUUCCCCCUUCCUUUUUAUUAA